UCCGCCUCCCAUCCAGCAAUCCCGUCCCCUCCCGCUCCUACCCUUUCCGUGUCGUCUUCCCCCCGUCGAUCGGCGAGCGCUAGGGUUUAGCGGUUUCCACUUUUGGCUUGGGGGGGUUUUAUCCGCGAGGCGCGGCAAGGCGGCGGCGGCACCUCAGAUAGGGUUUCCCCUUCCCCGGCGACGCGAGGCGAUGGAGGCGGCGGCGGUCGACGACAUGAUCCGGCGGCUCCUGGAGGCCCGCGGCGGGCGCACGCCGCGCAACGCGCAGGUGACGGACGCGGAGAUCCGGCGGCUCUGCGCCGCCGCCAAGGACGUCUUCCUCUCCCAGCCCAACCUCCUCGAGCUCGAGGCCCCCAUCAAGAUAUGCGGGGAUAUCCAUGGCCAGUACUCUGAUCUUCUUCGAUUAUUUGAGUACGGUGGCUACCCACCGGAGGCAAACUACCUUUUUCUGGGUGACUAUGUUGAUCGGGGAAAACAGAGUAUAGAAACGAUAUGCCUUCUCCUGGCGUACAAGAUAAAGUACCCAGAAAACUUCUUUCUCCUCAGGGGAAACCAUGAAUGUGCCUCCAUCAACCGGAUAUACGGGUUCUUUGAUGAGUGCAAGAGGAGAUUCAAUGUACGGAUCUGGAAGAUUUUCACUGAAUGCUUUAACUGCCUUCCAGUUGCUGCACUUAUCGAUGAUAAGAUCUUAUGCAUGCAUGGGGGUUUGUCUCCUGAAUUGAAGAAUAUGGAUCAGAUACGCAACAUUGCUCGACCUGUGGAUGUGCCUGACCAUGGUCUCCUCUGCGAUCUUCUAUGGUCAGAUCCUGAUAAAGAUAUUGAAGGGUGGGGAGAUAAUGACAGGGGAGUGUCCUUCACUUUUGGGGCUGACAAGGUAGCUGAGUUUCUUGAGAAGCACGAUCUAGACUUGGUCUGCAGGGCACACCAGGUCGUGGAGGAUGGCUAUGAAUUUUUCGCCAAGCGCCAGCUCGUCACUAUAUUUUCUGCACCCAACUACUGCGGCGAGUUCGACAAUGCUGGUGCCAUGAUGAGCAUCGAUGAUUCCCUAACAUGUUCAUUCCAGAUUCUUAAGCCGUCAGAAAAGAAGGGAAAAGCAGGAACCGUCAACAUGUCAAAACCUGGAACACCACCGAGGAAGAUAAAAAUAAGUGUCACCCGUAUCUAGCUGGAUUCUCUUUAUUAAACUGAAUUUGAGAAGUUGUGAUGAAGUGCCCCCCUAGACUUGUUAUGGUAAAGGGUUUUGGUGCGCCUAACACAAUGUUAAAAUGUGGACCAGCUUGCCUCUUCGUCUUACUUAUGAUCUGAAGUCUGAUGCAAAUGUAUCCUGGCAACUUUGCCAACCGAAAGGAAGAUCAUGCUAACAGAAACUUUUGUUUGUUUGUUUUAUUGUGGACUUCUAUUCUUAUUCCUCUACAAAUGCAACAUGUUAAUGGAUGGGUAGCCUUGGUUGCGGUGA